AGCUUGUUCUGCACAACAAUUAACCCUUUUAUGGCGUGAGAUCACAGUUAUCUGAUUAGAAUAUUCUUAACUGAAUAUUCUAAUGCUGAUGUCACAAUCCCUACUGGUAAUUGAAAGCGCCAGAGUUCUAGAACACUGACUUAGAAUUUUGAGAAAACAUUCCUUCUCUUCAAAGGGUUAAUUAUGUUUGCAGUAGUGGUUACUGUUGCGUGUGCUAUUCCGGGGAAUGCAGAAAUGAAAAGAAUAGCCAGAGGAAGGACUCGAUGGAUAUUCUUAUCCCUGAUUGGUUACGUGGUAUGAAUAUAGAGGCCAUUCUACAAAUAGCACAAGGACUCAGAUGUCUGUGAUUGAAGUGGCAGCAUCUGAAUCCAUUUCUGGAAAUUGCUGUGCACAGCCACGGUAUUGGUCAGGCUCUAAUUCGCAUAAUGCUUGCUUGCUGUCCUUAGGAGAUAUUCUCAACAAUACGUCUGUUAAUAAUAACUGGGAUUGUGGUUUGCCCGUCUGCCCCGAGCUGACGCGGGACCGCAUACCCCGCUCUCGGGACGUGGGCCACUUCCUGUCCGUCACGGGCACGGUCAUCCGCACCAGCGCCGCCAAGGUGCUGGAGUUCGAGCGCGACUACAUGUGCGGGAAGUGCCGGCGCGUGUUCUCGGAGCAGGCGGAUUUCGAGCAGUUCUACAGCUUCGCCCCGCCCACCCGCUGCCCCAGCGAGGACGGCUGCGCCUCCUACAAGUUCACCUGCCUGGGGGGCGGAGCCUCCUCGCCAGCCGCCUGCAGGGACUACCAGGAGAUCAAGAUUCAGGAGCAGGCCCAGAGGCUGUCCGUGGGCAGCAUUCCCCGCUCAAUGACGGUGGUGCUGGAGGAUGAUCUGGUGGACAGCUGUAAGUCAGGAGAUGACAUCACGGUGUACGGUGUCGUCCGGCAGCGCUGGAAGCCCCUGUAUCCGGACGCCCGCUGUGACCUGGAGAUCGUGCUGAAGGCAAACUUCAUUGAGGUCAACAAUGAUCAGUCCACGGCCGCCAUGGUCCUGGACGACAUUCAGAAGGAGUUUGAAGAGUUCUGGGAAAAAUUCAGAGAUGAUCCUUUAGCAGGCCGGAACCAGGUUCUGAUGAGCCUUUGCCCACAGGUGUUCGGACUGUACGUCGUGAAGCUGGCUGUCGCCAUGGUUUUGGCAGGGGGGGUCCAACGAGUAGAUGUUUCGGGAACCAAAGUCAGAGGCGAGUCUCACCUGCUCCUCGUGGGAGACCCAGGGACGGGGAAGUCUCAGUUCCUGAAGUACGCUGCCAAGAUCACACCACGGUCCGUCCUCACGGCUGGGAUAGGCUCCACAAACGCAGGGCUGACUGUGGCCGCAGUGAAGGACGGGGGGGAGUGGCACCUGGAGGCGGGGGCGCUGGUGCUGUCGGACGGGGGGCUGUGCUGCAUCGACGAGUUCAACAGCAUCAAGGAGCACGACCGCACCAGCAUCCACGAGGCCAUGGAGCAGCAGACCAUCAGCGUGGCCAAAGCCGGCAUGGUGUGUAAGCUCAACACCAGGACCACCAUCCUGGCAGCGACCAACCCGAAGGGCCAGUAUGACCCCAACGUCUCGGUGUCGGUGAACGUGGCGCUGGCCAGCCCGCUGCUGAGCCGCUUCGACCUGGUCCUGGUCCUGCUGGACACCAAGAACCCGGAGUGGGACAGGAUCAUCUCCUCCUUCAUCCUGCAGAACAAAGGGGGCCCGAGUAAGAGCGAGUCCGUGUGGAGCAUGGAGAAGAUGAAGGCCUACUUCUGCCUGGCGAAGAGCUUUCAGCCCGGGAUGUCGGAGGAGGCCGACGCCGUCCUGGUGCGCUACUACCAGGCGCAGAGGCAGAGCGACGGCAGGAACGCGGCCCGGACCACCAUCCGCAUGCUGGAGAGCCUGGGCCGGCUCGCCGAGGCUCACGCCAGGUUGAUGUUUAGGGAUACUGUCACGGUGGAGGACGCCGUCGUCGUCAUUUCUGUCAUGGAGUGCUCCAUGCAGGGUGGCGCUCUCCUGGGAGAUGUGAAUGCUCUACACACCUCUUUCCCUGAUGACCCCAGGCAGCAGUACAGGACACAGUGUGAGAUGAUACUGGAGGGCCUGGGCCUCAACCAUCUCCUCACAAAAGAACUGGACCGGCUCUCACGUCAAGGUAAUGGCUCACAAACGGGGACGCCCCCCGGUGAAAACGGGCUGAAUGCUAUCGGAAACGGCUGCGCGGCUCGGGAAACCAACUCCCUGCAGUCGACCCAAGAUGGACCCCAGAGGAACGCCGGGGCCGAUAGCGGGCUCGACUGGUUUCACUCACUGUCCGGCCCCUCAAGGUUAUCGCCAAUCACGCCGUCUUCCCAGAAUGCCUCAUCUAGCGCCGGAGUCAUACCAGAGGGCCGUGCUUCGUUGCCCAGUCACAGAGACCCUUUGCCUGAGAAAGGAAGGAAGUCCACAACGGAUGAAGCGCCCGUUAAGAACACAGAUGAAGCUGUUCCGUCCAAUCGUAAAAACACACCGGCAGCCGCGAGAGACGAAUCGGACUCUGUCGUUGAAAAGGUUUCCAAGAGCCUCAGAGGGAAAAGGCUCAAAAAGAUCAGCGACUCGUCCCUGAUCUUAGAGGAGGGUAGAGUGGCAGAGAUAAGAGCUCCCUCUGGUGGUGGAAGUGCAGACUGCGUAGACAAUCUUGAGCUCUUGUUCUCCUCAGAUGCCCCGCCCUCGCACAGCACUCCCGUAGCCGCGAAAAAGCGAUCCUCGAAGAAGAGCCGCGCCCCUCACGAUUUUCCUGCCGAGGACCGGGGGGCCCCGGAGACGGAGGGGGCCCCCGAGGCCCUGCGGACCAAACUCUCCUCCUUCACCUUCAGGCCCAGGGAGAGAAUGGCCCACGGAGAGCACCACAGCAGUCCCCCUGAGAGGGCGCUGGGAGACGGGGUCGACAGGGACCCCGUUCCAGGGCCAGGGGAGGAAACAGCAGGGACGGGGAGGGGCGUCUCCGCAGACGGAGCGCUCGGAGGUGCAGGAUUUCAAGAGGAGGCUGCUGUCCCGGCCGGGCAGGCAAAAAAACCAGAGGGAAACGGCGAGAAGCGAAGUGGCACAGAGCAGCCAGCAGAUGGCAGCAGAGCUCUCAAGAAACUGAGGCACAAAGCCGCACCGGAGGAAAAAGACUACCUGCCCGCGGGGUCAGGUGACCGGGGCGAGGGGAGAGAGGGUCGGGCUCCGGCGGGGGACGAGGGCGGAGCCCAGGAGCAGAGGCGUCUGCAGCUGCUGCAGAGGCUGGGCGGCGCGGUCCCUGGGGGGCAGCCCACGCACCCCCAAACCCCCGGGGCCAGAGUGGCCCCCGCCACCCUGGCCAGGCUGUCGCGCUUCUCCUUCACGGCUUCCUCUGAGGAAGGACCCGAGAAGCCCGAGGCUGCGGCCAGCGAGCGGGCGAGCUCUGAGACGGGCCAGGGUCGCGACCCUGCCCCAGGGCAUGAUGGGAGUAACCCCAGGAAGAGGAAGUGCUUUGAAUUUGGGUCAAAAAGCAUCUUGCCGGGGCAGUCCCUGUUCAGCUCAUCGGUCGUAGAUGAUGAAGAUCUGGAUGUGGACUGGGAGGAGGAGUCUAGCAAGCGGGCAAAGGUGUGAUCACUGUGUGUGUGUGUGUGUGUGUGUGUGUGUGUGUCUUUUUUUCUGUGUGUGUGUGUGUGCGCACGUGUGUGCGUGUAUGCAUACGUGAGCAUAUGUGCAUGCACGCACAUGCAUUGCUGGAAAGUUUGGCCCACAGUGAGUGAUGGGAGAAUGCCCGGGAUGAUGACCUCUAAUGAACUGACCUCUAGUGACCUCUUGCCGGACUCAUGCUGCUGAAUAUCUAACUUUGGCUGGGCCGAAAAUGUGCAAUUAAAAAUGAUUAUGAAAAUAAAUGAUGUAAAAUAAA